CCAUGACAUUCAUUCCCAGCUAUUCUUAGGAGCCGCUUGGAGCUGGCCGGGCAGCGAGAGACGACGGAGCAGAGGUGACCGCACUCAGCACCAGCAUGUCCUACAGCGUGACCCUCACCGGCCCCGGGCCCUGGGGCUUCCGCCUGCAGGGGGGCAAGGACUUCAAUAUGCCCCUCACCAUCUCGCGGAUCACUCCAGGCAGCAAGGCAGCCCAGUCGCAGCUUAGCCAGGGUGACAUGGUGGUGGCGAUUGACGGUGUCAACACGGACACCAUGACCCACUUGGAGGCCCAGAACAAGAUCAAAUCUGCCAGCUACAACCUGAGCCUCACCCUGCAAAAGUCCAAGCGUCCCGUCCCCAUCUCAACGGCGCCGCCCCCCAUGCAGUCCCCUCUGCCGGUGAUCCCCCACCAGAAGGACCCUACUCUGGACGCGAACGGCAGCCUGAUGGCGCCCAGCCCCGACCCCGAGACGGGCGCCAGCCCGGGCAACCUCGGCACCCUGGAGCUCGGGCCGAACCUUAGCUCCUCCUUCUCCCAGACCUCCGGCUUCUCUUCAUACACGGAGGCCUCUGAACAUGGGCCUCCUCGGGGCAGCCCAGGGGCCACGAGCAGCCCAGAAGGGGCCUCGGACACACACAGCCCGAAAGGGCCCCUGGGCCCCAGGCAGCCAAGGCAGUAUAACAACCCCAUUGGCCUGUACUCGGCAGAGACCCUGAGGGAGAUGGCUCAGAUGUAUCAGAUGAGCCUCCGAGGGAAGGCCUCGGGUGUCGGACUCCUAGGAGGGAGCCUUCCUGUGAAAGACCUGGCUGUGGACAGUGCCUCGCCCGUGUAUCAGGCUGUGAUCAAGAACCAGAACAAGCCCGAAGACGAGGCUGACGAGUGGGCCCGCCGUUCCUCCAACCUGCAGUCCCGCUCCUUCCGCAUCCUGGCCCAGAUGACGGGCACAGAGUUCAUGCAAGACCCGGACGAGGAAGCAUUGCGAAGGUCAAGCACCCCUAUUGAGCAUGCUCCAGUGUGUACCAGCCAGGCCGCCACCCCGCUGUUGCCCGCUUCUGCCCAGUCGCCCGCUGCUGCCUCUCCCAGUGCAACCUCGCCACCCCUGGCUGCUGCUACCGCCUCUGCUGCAGCCCCUGCCUCAAGCCGUGUGGAGAGUCCCAGGCCUCAGGCGACCUCUCCAGCACCUGCCACUCAGACCUACAGUGAAGCCCCUGCAGCGCCUGCACCCAAGCCCCGGGUUGUCACAACUGCCAGUAUCCGGCCUUCUGUCUACCAGCCAGUGCCUGCGUCUACCUACAGCCCAUCCCCAGGGGCCAAUUACAGUCAAACUCCCUACACCCCCUCUCCUGCGCCUGCCUAUACCCCCUCACCUGCCCCUACCUACUCUCCCUCCCCAGCACCAGCCUAUACCCCCUCACCAGCCCCCACCUACUCCCCUUCACCAGCCCCCACCUAUACCCCCUCGCCAGCCCCCACCUAUACCCCUUCACCAGCCCCCAGCUAUAACCCCACAUCGACCUAUGGUGGGGCCCCUUCGGAGCCUGCCAGCCGCCCCCCAUGGGUGACAGACGACAGCUUCUCUCAGAAGUUUGCCCCUGGCAAGGGUACCACCACCAUCAGCAAGCAGACCUUGCCUCGAGCGGGUCCGGGCUACACCCCGACAGGUGCCCCCCUGGCCAGGGGCAUCGUUCAGAGGGCUGAGCGCUUCCCAGCCAGCAGCCGGACCCCACUCUGUGGCCAUUGCAACAACAUCAUCCGGGGGCCCUUCCUGGUAGCCAUGGGCCGUUCCUGGCACCCGGAGGAGUUCAACUGUGCCUAUUGCAAGACCUCACUGGCAGACAGGUGCUUUGUGGAGGAGCAGAACAACGUGUACUGUGAACGGUGCUAUGAGCAGUUCUUUGCCCCGAUCUGUGCCAAGUGCAACACCAAAAUCAUGGGGGAAGUGAUGCACGCCUUGAGACAGACCUGGCACACCACCUGCUUUGUCUGCGCGGCCUGCAAGAAGCCCUUUGGGAACAGCCUCUUCCACAUGGAAGAUGGGGAACCCUACUGCGAGAAAGACUACGUCAAUCUGUUCAGCACCAAGUGUCAUGGCUGUGAUUUCCCGGUGGAGGCCGGUGACAAGUUCAUCGAAGCUCUGGGGCACACCUGGCAUGAUACCUGCUUCAUUUGCGCAGUCUGCCACGUGAAUCUGGAGGGGCAGCCGUUCUACUCCAAGAAGGACCGGCCACUCUGCAAGAAGCACGCGCACGCCAUCAAUGUGUAGGGAGCCCAGGGCUUCUGCGGAGCAGAAGGACUCGAGGAGGCUGAUGUUUCAUUUUGGGGGGAAGAGGGGAGACAGGAAGCGACUGGGCCACUUUGAAAUGUAAUUUUAGCCUUUCUUCUGCAUACAGAUAAUACAUUUGCAUAGUUCAAACUAGAAGCCAAAUGAAGAUCCUAAACCAAGCUAGUAAUAAAUCCCAAGACUGGCAUCAUACUUGAGAUAUUCAGGACAGAAUUCUGAGAUCUCAGCAGUGAAAGAAAGUAAUAUUUCCCAAAAGAUCCACUUCCAUGAGGUCACCAGAGCAGGGACAGAGCUCAGAGCAGUGAUGGAGAAUCCCAAACAUUCUGUGGAGUUCUUUAGAGUUCUUUGGGCAAACAGAAUGAAGUGCCAAACAAUCUGCAGGGUAUUUUUAGAGUCAUAGCUGAGAACUGGUUAGCUAAGACCGCGUGGGCUUUCCUCACCAAAAAAGGAAGCGUUAUUCCAUUGCUAGCAUCAUGGAACUACCUCUGCACAUCAAACUUCAGACCUUGAACAGACUUGAACCUUCGGAACAGAACUCAGAGGAGGUGACUUCUGGGAGCCACUCGGCAAUGGAGAGGGCUUCAGAAAGGGAUUUGGCUCACAGAGCUGACAUCAGAGAAAAAAAGUGGAGUGUCUUUAGGCUGAAACAGUCAACAUCCCCCGAGAGGCUUAACUCCUUUUUGAAUCGUGAUCAGAAGGUGGAAUUGGAUUUUUCCAGUUUUGCUUAGCUGUGUGAGAUUUCUUUAAACCGAUGGCCACAGGGUUGGGUUUGCUUUUGUCUUGCUUUAGAGGUUCAUUUAGCAUGGAUGUCUCUGUUUGGGGCAUAUCUUUCACUCCCAGCCCUAUGGCUGCUCGCUUCCCAGUCUUCCCACAGCACCCUCCCCACAACCGAUGAAUGGUCUGUGGAGAAGAGAGUUUCAGUGUGUACCACAGUUGGGGGGCAGAACAGACUGCUACCAGGCCCAAAGUCGGAGUGGAGAAGAAGAACCUUCUUUCCUGCCAACCUCAGUAAGAACAAGUUGGCAGGCCCCCCCCCCCCCCCACCUAAGUUGGGCACCAUCCUUCCCAGUUCCUUUAAACAGAGAACACCAGUGACAGAGAGCGGUGUUGGAUGCAGGAAGGAAAAAAAAAAUGAUAGAUAUCUGAAUGAAAGAUACUCACUUAGGCCAACAUUUUGAAAAUGCAUGCACUAUGUUGAUCAGCAAUUAUUUAAGUGCAUACUGAAAUAGACUUGGGUCUUCAGACUUCUUUAAAAUAUGAACCACAGUUUGAGUAAGAUUUUAAAGCCGUUGGGUGAUGCAGAGUGAAGCUUAGUUCCGGAGGCUGCCCAGGGUAGAUUCUCUUUCCCUCUUAGGAAGCACUGUGAUGUUGAGUGGAUGGCUUUGAGGCAAGUAGUUUGAAUAGAUGUUUCUCACUUGUGCACAAUGCUUGGGCAUUCUUCAGUCCAACUCCCAGAUACCCUCUGCUCACUCUUCUUUUGGGGUUUCUCUUCUCACGUUUGCAAUAUUUUGUGGGAAUGCACAAGAGCACGUUAUCUUCUGAAAACUGAGGGUGUCAGGGGACUGCUGUCCUUCGCGUGUCCCUCUCCUCAGGGGAUACAGCUUGCUGUCCUCCUAGCAGGAGGCCUGGGUUUUGUGUUUUGGUUUUUUUUCUCAAGAUCGAAGCUACAAACCUCCCCAAGGAGCACCAGGAGGGGCAUAAAUGUGUUUCUACCACAAGGUUCUUCUUUCCCUUUGGUGCCCAAAGAAAGUGAAGAGGAAGAGUAGUCAGAGUGAAAUCUACCGGGAGUGCUGGGAGAUAUUUCAGGUGUUUCCAACAAGUGCCUUGGAAUCUCCUGUUAAUUUUUGCAGAAUUUAAUAUGCGGGAACUAGGAGGUUGCUGAUUAUAAGUAAAGGCUGUAGACAGGUUUUCUGAAAGCAAAACAAUAGAUCUACUAAAUCAUCAGGGACUUGUCUUGAGGAAAGGAAAAAAGUUCCAUAGAGUUAAGUUUCCAAAAUAAUUUUUUAAAGGUUUACCCACAAACACACAUGCGCGAGUGCACACACACACAUGCACACACAUACACGUGAUUAAAAGUAAAAUAUCCCAAAGGAUAAUGACAUCAUAAUUAUUUGUUCAAAUUUUUGUUUCUGCAUCUCAGAGCAGAACAGCUUCUGAGGAACUCUUUUUUUUUUCUUUUUUACACAAAACAAGCAAAAAAUGCUUUAAAGGUAACAAAGGAAGGAGAUAGCUUUGAAUAUGGUUCCUGGGGCCCGAAAGAUAGUAAAUCAGGUAGGGCACUUGUGUUAUACGCAGCUGACCCAAGUUUGAUCCCACAUCCUGUAUGAUCCCCUAAGCCCUGCCACAAGUGAUUCCUGAGCACAAAGCCAGGAGUAAGCCCUGAGAACUGCUGGGUGUGGGCCGCAAAACUAAAACAAAAAAAUUAUGAAUAUGGUUCCCUCGGUGUCUAUAAGAUGGGUGUAAUAUUAUGGGUGUAAUAUAAUGUAAGAUGGGUUAAGAUUGCUAAUUAUUCAACCUUAUUAUUUCAAGGUAACAUAAUCCAUCUCCUACAGCACCAAACAAAUUUUAGCAGAUCACAGCAGGGAUCUGUUAUAUUUUAAGAUCUACAGUUCUUGACUCUUUCAAUUGAACAUUUAUAAAUAUUAACAUCUUACAACUGAGUGAUUUGUAUCUGCAGAGUUUAUGUUAGAAACUUAGAUUUUAUAAGGUUAAUUUCUCAACCCAGGUACUCCUCCUUUGGGUGUGUUUUUUUGUUUGUUUAUUUUGAAAAAAAAAUUUAAGAUGUCAGAAGUGGAAUGUAGUGUGGGAUAGGUGUGCUUAAAAACAUUAUGCAUGUUUUCCUUUGGGGGGAGGGAAGGCUUGUGACUUAUAAUUUUUAGCAAAAUAAAACCUUGA